CCCCCACCCCAGCAGCAGCACCACCACCACCACCGUCAUCACCACAACCAGCCACCACCAACAAGGCAAUGUCCGUUUCUCCGUUGAGUCACACUCGCGUAAUCGCGCACGUGUGCGGCCCCGUCAUGCACAGCGGAGUGCGGUUCGCCUGCUGAUGCUACGACCGCUUCUGAUGAUGAUGCCGCCGCCGCUGCCGCUGCCGAUGGUGAUGCUGCUGCGCUUUUAAGUGGUGAAGCGCUUGGUUGUGAUCGGCGCCCUGCAACAUCGAACCUCGUCGACCUCCGUCGGAGAAGCAACCUUCACAGCGCACGGCUUCAUCGGAGGAAGGGGGGAAUUGUUCAACCUUGGUUCCAUCUCUCGCUCUCUACACCCCCCCCCCCUGCCUUCUUGCCGCCGCUCCUUUGGAUGAUCAUCAUAUUUGUGUUGUUGCUGCUGCGACUGCCGCUGUAGUUGCAGUUGGCUCCAAGCGAUCUUCGAUUUGGUGUGCUUGACAUCUCGGGCGGCCCACUGAGACAGACCAGACAGAGGGGAGAGAGAAAGGGGAAGAGAGAGGAGAGUUCAGUCGGUCGCCGUUUAAGGAAAGAUAAAAAAAACAUCCGAAGGGCGCAUGAGCAAAGACGCGCGGUGGACGAUCGCCGUAGUUGGCGAUUUGCGUUCCUGCGGGCGACGUGGCGGCGAAUUACUGAUGCGUGGUGCUCGCCCCCCCCUCCUCCUCCUCUUCACCCACGCCGGAGAAUCUUUGGUGAUCGCAAGGACCGCGGUGGAUUGUGCAAGCGAAGAGGUGGGACGCGCGGAAGACGAGGUUUAAUAACGACGAGGAAAUAAGGAAGAGUCGCAAGGAGGAAAAGGGGAGGCACGUUCGGACCCCCCCCACCCACGAACCGAACCACCGCCACUUGAGCACCGAUCCCAUGGUGCAGUCGUCUUCGUCGAUGUCGUGUUGAUGGUGGCGGGUGGCGCUGAUGGUGGUGGCCGCGGCGAUGAUGUAAUGACGGACGCAGCCAUCCUGUUCCACUGCCGACGAUGGUGAUGUGAGCCGCUGAUGUGAUGUAAAGAUUGGGAACCCGACGCGGAGCAAUGGAGCCUAUCAGCAAGUGGUCACCUCGACAGGUGGUGGAAUGGAUGAAAGGCCUGGACGACUCCCUGCAGGAGUACGUGGGGCGCGUGGAGAGCGAGAAGGUGGAUGGGGAGCAGCUCCUCGCCGUGUCGCACCAGGAGCUCGAGGAGCUCGGCGUGGCGCGCAUCGGCCACCAGGAGCUCAUCCUCGAGGCCGUGGACCUCCUCUGUGCCCUGAACUACGGGCUGGAGACUGAGAGCUUGCGCUCGCUGUCGCAGAAACUCACGGCUUCCGCCAAGAACCUGCAGAACCUCGUAUCAGGACGCGGGCGAGAUGGCUGCGGCGGCUGCAGCGGCGGUGGCGGAGGCGGUCCCGUGGGGUCAGGAGCCGGCGGCGGUGGUGGCGGCGGCGUUGUCGUGGGGGGCCGGUGGCGCGAGGACGGAGCGGACGGGUUGUGCGGAGGCGGGGCCACGGGCCUGGGGGGCCCGGGCUGCAUUGCGUCACCGGGCGGCGGAGCCGGCAAGCUGCCCAACCACGUCCUCACCGCAGUGGUGGAGCUCAUCGGGGCCGCCAAGGCCUUCCUCGCCUGGCUGGACAAGUCGUCCUUCGCGGGCGUGAGCGACACGUCCACCCGGAGGAACGACAUCAUCCGCCUGUGCCUGGAGCUCACGGCGAUCGUUCAGCAGGAGUCGUCCCCUCUGUUGGACACCGAGGCACAGAUCCUGCAAGUGUGCAAGACGCUGCUCGUCACCUGCGAGCACAUGGGCACCGUGACCUCUGACCCCCUCAUGUCUCAGUCGGCGCACCUGGAGGUUGUGCACCUUACGCACAUCAACCCCUGCGAGGGCCUGGGCCUGUACAUCAAGUCGACGUACGACGGGCUACACGUCAUCACGGGCACCAUGGAGAACUCCCCUGCCGAUCGUUGCAAGAAAAUUCAUGCGGGCGAUGAAGUCAUCCAAGUGAACGGACAGACGGUGGUUGGGUGGCAGCUGCGGAACCUGGUGAACGCGCUGCGCCACGACCCCAGCGGAGUGACCAUCACGCUCAAGAAGAGGCCGCAGUGCACUCUCAACUCGGACCCCGCGCCACUCAAGAACAUGCGCUGGAAGCCGCUGGCGUUGCAGGGUCUGGCGGGCGUGAGCCCCGUGCACAACCCUGGCUCCCCGGUGAGGGUCGUCGAAACACCCUCCAAGCGACCCAAGUCGGCCCUCCUCAACCUCUUCAUCCCCCCGCCCCCCAACGAGCCGUACACGCCACGCGACCGCGAGGCCAAGCCUGAGUUGUGCGGCCCGGCGCCGCUUGCGGCCGGGGUGGAGGCCCUGUCACUGGCCCGCCGCAGCGAGUCGCCCAACUCGUGCCUCGACCAGCAGUACCGCAAGCGCCUGGUGCGCGUCGCCGACGGGGGCCGCACCCUGCUGCCCUGCUACCACGGCAACGGCGAGCUCGGCCAAUCGGCCGCCGGCAGGGGUGGCGGAGGCCCGGGAUCGGAGCGCCGGCCACGUCCCUCGUCUUACGGGAAGCCUCGGCCGGUCUCCAUGCCCGUGCUGGACUGUGAGUGGUCGCCCGAGCACGUGCCCGCGGCCCGGAGAGACAAAAACAAGGACUCCUCGCUCCUCAAGCACCUGAGCGACGAGCGCAUCAGCCCCAUCAACGAGGAGGAGCUGGCCCACUGCGGCCAGGCCUCGUGGGGGCCGUCGUGGGCCACGGGACGUAGCGGCGGCGCCGGCGGCGGCGGCGGCGGAGCCGGCGGCGGGGCGCGCGUGCGAGCCACCAGCUGCGAACGCCCGCGCCAGACCCUCUCGGGCGCCAAUGGUUCGGCCGACGGGGAUGGAGACCGGCGCCACCGGGAGAGGGAGGAGGCCCACAGGAGGAGGCGAGGCGGCGGCGGCGGUGGUGGGGCCCGCUCGGACCGGGAGGCCAGCCCGGGGCCCCUGUUCUCGCCCGGACGUCCCACGGCUCGCAGCGGCGUGGAAGCCAGCACCAUGCCGCUGUUUCACAGAGGACCCGUGGACCAGGUGCCGGAGGAGCGAGACAGGCUGACGGCGCAAAUCAUGGACCGCUGUGGAGUGUCCCCUGCUCGCAAGUCAUCCUCGCCUUCUCCUCCUCAUCCUCCAUCGGAAUCGCCGUCCGCCCUCGAUCUCUCCGCAAGACAGAAAGCGCGUCUGGCCGUUAAAGCGGCGGCCGCGGUCGCUGCUAGCGUGGCGGGCGGUGGCGACGGCGGCGGCCUCAGCCGGCGCACCGUGCCGUGCGUGGAGCUGGGCAGGCCCGACUGCGACGGGUGGCUCUGGAAGAAGCGCGAGUCCAAGGGGCUGCUCACGCCCAAGUGGAAGAAGCACUGGUUUGUCUUGAAGGACGGUGCCCUCUACUGGUACACGCAGCACAAUGAGAUCAAGGCGGAGGGCUACAUCAGCCUGCCCGAGUUCACCAUCGCCCCUGCCACUGAGUGCAAACGCAAACAUGCCUUCAAAGCGUCGCACCCCAAGCUGAAGCCGUUUUACUUCGCUGCCGAAAACAACGACGAGAUGAACAGGUGGAUGAACAGGCUGAGUCAGGCAACGUCAGCGCACGAGGGGGCACGGAGGGGAGAUGAAGAUUACUGGAGCGAGAGCGAUGGGGAGGAGGGAGAGGUGAGGGAGAGCCCCCCCGCCCCCGUACGACACCUUUCCUCGGCCGCCUUCCCUCAAUUCUAUCCCAGCAACUGCCAAUUCCUUCCACGCUCACAGCUGAGCGCAACACAAUUAAGAGCGGGACAGCUCUAUAACACUUCCCAACGAAGAUUGAAAGAGUUGCCGCGUCGGCUCUGUCCAUCUGUAAAGGAGGGGGGAAGAGUUUGUGUAGAGCAUGUAUGUAGAACUUCUUCUGCACCAUAUGCAGCCAACAUUGAUAAUCUGAGGUGCGGGUUUGGGGGAGGAAGACAGGAGUGGGGGGCCGUGGGGGUAAGGAGGGGGCGGGACACUAACACUCGUGAAGACGAAGCGAUUUGACGUGGAACGUCCGCGUGAAGUUGCGUUGCAAUUUGGGACUCACCCCUUUUUGUAAAACAAAAAACCCGGCCACGGUCAUCGUCCAAAACCACGGUCACGGGGUCAUCGUCAAAAACCACGGUCACGGGGUCAUCGUCAAAAACCACGGUCACGGUCAUCGUCCAAAACCACGGUCACGGGGUCAUCGUCCAAAACCAUGGCCACGGUCAUCGUCCAAAACCACGGUCACAGUCAUCGUCCAAAACCACGGUCACAGUCAUCGAAAAGAGGGGGGGGGGUUGCACCAAACUCUGCAGACGCGAACCAACGCUAAAGGUUCACGAUUGGGGGGGGGGGGCGGUUCACCGUGCCGUUCCGAAUGGGAACAUUUUGAUUUAUCCCAAUGCACCCUCCCCCCCCACCGGUGCUCGCUCGCUUAGGUUGCAAUAUUCAAAGGAAAAUGAACUAGCAAAAAUAAAUUGCUGAGCCUUGUAGGAAAAAAAAAGUCGGGAGUUGCCAGAUGAGUGAGAGAAAACCACGGAGGCGAAGCCAUGUGGUGCGAUGUUUACAGGGAGCUGCUUGAUGAAUAUGUAAGGGAGAGAGCGAGCGAGCUGUAUUGGUUUGCUUACGCAUUCAAUUCAUGUACAGCGAGGGAAAACAAAGUAUUUGAUCCCCUGCUGAUUUUGUACGUUUGCCCACUGACAAAGAAAUGAUCAGUCUAUAAUUUUAAUGGUAGGUUUAUUUGAACAGUGAGAGACAGAAUAGCA